AUGCCUAUGCUCAAGGAUCCCUCCAAGAAGUAUAAGAGGUUCCCUCCUCUCAACCUCCCGGACCGUCAAUGGCCGAACAAGACCCUCGACAAGGCCCCUCGGUGGUUGGCAACAGACCUUCGGGAUGGCAACCAAAGCUUGGUUGACCCCAUGAACGGCGAGCAGAAGUGGGAGUACUUCCGCAUGCUGUGCGAGCUCGGCUACAAAGAGAUCGAGGUGUCAUUCCCCUCGGCGUCGCAAACCGACUUCGACUUUACCCGGCGCCUGAUCGAGACCGAGGGAGCUGUACCCGAUGAUGUCUGGAUCCAAGUCCUUUCCCCCUGCAGAGAGGACCUCAUCCGGCGCACUAUCGAGUCUCUCAAAGGAAGCAAGAAGGCUAUUGUGCACAUCUACCUCGCCACCAGCGAAUGCUUCCGGAGGGUCGUCUUUGGGUUUUCCGAGGACGACAGCGUCGAGCUGGCCAGCAGAUGUGCUGCCCUGGUCCGAUCCUUGACCAAGGAUGACCCUUCACAAUCGGGGACGGAGUGGGCGUUCGAGUUUAGCCCAGAGACGUUUUCCGACACAAGCCCGGAGUUUGUCGUGCGCAUCUGCGAGGCCGUAAAGCAGGCUUGGGAGCCCACAGUCGAGAACCCCAUCAUCUUCAACCUCCCUGCGACGGUUGAGGUGGCGACCCCGAACGUCUACGCCGACCAAAUCGAGUUCUUUUGCCGCAACAUCACGGAACGCGAGAAGAUUUGUGUAUCCCUCCAUCCACACAACGAUAGGAAUACUGCAACAGCAGCGGCCGAGUUGGGCCAGAUGGCUGGCGCGGAUAGAGUUGAAGGAUGUCUCUUCGGAAACGGAGAGCGGACCGGCAACGUCGACCUCGUCACCCUCGCCUUGAACCUCUACACCCAGGGCGUGACGCCCAACAUAGAUUUUUCCGAUCUCGGCAAGGUCAUUAGGAUAGUGGAGGAAUGCAACAAAAUCGAGGUGCAUCCACGUGCGCCAUACGGAGGCUCUCUGGUGGUGUGUGCCUUUAGCGGCUCGCACCAGGAUGCCAUCAAGAAGGGAUUCCAGGUGCGCGAGAAUGAGGGCAAGGGCUACGACGACUACUGGCAGGUUCCCUACCUCCCUAUCGACCCUAAGGAUAUCGGGCGGGAUUACCAGGCCGUCAUCCGCGUCAAUUCGCAGAGCGGCAAGGGCGGCGCCGCCUGGAUCAUCCAGCAGCACUUGCAUCUUGACCUGCCUCGUGGUCUCCAAGUCGCCUUUUCCCAGGUCGUCCAAAACAUGGCAGAGAAGAAGGGGCGGGAGCUCCUUCCCACUGAAAUCACAGACCUGUUCCGGCAGACUUACUUCCUUACCCAAAGCCCCCGCUUCAGCAUCGUCGACUACACCAUUUCGCCCGACCGAUCCGCGUCGCCAGCCCCCCCCGAACCGGACCUCGACGUCCAGGACUACAAAGAGCAUGCCGUUGGUCGGGGCCGUGAUGUCAAAGCCGCGACAUAUAUCGAGUGCACGGCGGCUGGUACGAAGAAGAAGGUAUGGGGCGUGGGUAUCGAUGAGGAUGUGGUCCAGAGCUCCCUGAUCGCUCUUCUGAGCGCUGCCAGCAACUUCACCCCGAGUCGGCAAGGAAGCCCUGUCCUCUCAAAAGCGACCGCCAACGGGCCAGCACCGCCUGACUUCAUCAACGUUCUCGAGGCGAAGGCGGCGGACGUGUAA